AUGGACAGCAAACAGACCAGAGAAAGAACAGACUCAAGCUCGCACACACAGAGGCUGUCAGAGUUGAGGAUUGUGCUGCUGGGAUACAGUGACUGUGGGAAGAGUUUAUCAGGAAACACCAUCCUGGGCAGAGAGGAGUUUGAUACUGUAGGGAGAACAGCUCAGUGUGUGAAGAGACAGGGAGUGGUAGCAGGGAGACAUGUCACCGUGGUAGAGGCUCCAGGAUGGAAUACUGUAUCUAGAGAAUACACAUCCUUCUUGACCAAAGCAGAGAUUGAGCUCAGUGUGUCUAUGUGUCCUCCUGGACCCCACGCUGUACUGAUGGUCAUAGAUGUGGAUAAAGCAUUCACAGAGAUAUACAGAAUAUCAGUGCAGCAACACCUGGAGCUUCUGGGUGAGAGAGUGUGGAGUCACACUGUAGUGCUGUUCACCCAUGGAGACCUGCUGAGAGACACACCCAUUGAGCAGCACAUUGAGAGUGAAGGAGAGAGUCUGCAGUGGCUGGUAGAGAAAUGUGGGAACAGAUAUCAUGUCCUCAACAAUGACAAAAGAGAUGAUCACAUGCAGGUCACACAGCUGAUGGAGAAGAUAGAAAAGAUGGUGGCAGCAAACAGAGGACAGUGUUAUGAGAUGGAUAGACAGAGAAUAGAGGAGUUGGAGGAGAAAUGGAGGAGAGAUGAAGAGAGUGGAAAAGACAGGAUGAUGAAGGUGAAGAGAGAGAAAGACUCACUCAGAUCACUGAUGGGUGAUUCUCUUCAUCUCGCUGAGUUGAGGAUUGUGCUGCUGGGAUACAGACAUACCGGGAAGAGUUCAUCAGGAAACACCAUCCUGGGUAGAGACGGUUUUGAUCCUGGAGGGACAAAAGCUCAGUGUGUGAAGAGACAGGGGGAAGUAGCAGGAAGACACGUCACUCUGGUGGAGGCUCCAGGAUGGAGCACAUUCAGUACAGAAAAAUCAUCCAACAUGACCAAAGAGGAGAUUGAGCUCAGUGUGUCUCUGUGUCCUCCUGGACCCCAUGCUUUAUUGCUGAUCAUACCUGCUGACUUUGCAUUCCCAAACAAACUUAAACAAACAAUGCAGCAACACCUAGAACUUCUGGGUGAGAGAGUGUGGAGUCACACUAUAGUGCUGUUCACCUAUGGAGACUGGCUUGGAGACAUACCCAUUGAGCAACACAUUGAGAGUGAAGGAGAGAGUCUGCUGUGGCUGGUAGAGAAAUGUGGGAACAGGUAUCAUGUUUUUGACAAUGAGAAGAGAGAUGACCACUUGCAGGUCACACAGCUGAUGGAGAAGAUAGAAGAGAUGGUGGCAGCAAAUAGAGGACAGUGUUAUGCGGUGGAGAGGAGGAGAGUAAAAAAGUUGGAGGAGAAGAGGAGGAAAGAUGAAAAGAGAGUGAAAGACAGGAUGACGAAGGUGAAGAGAAAGAGAGAAUCACUCAGAUCACAGAUUGGUAUUUCUCUCCAUCUGUCAGAAUUAAGGAUUGUGCUGCUGGGAAUCAGAGAUGCCGGGAUGAGUUCAUCAGGAAACACCAUAUUGUGCAGAGAGGGGGUUUGUACUUUAGAGAGAACGGCUCACUGUGUGAAGAGAGAAGGAAAAGUAGCAGGGAGACGCAUUUAUGUGGUGGAGGCUCCAGGAUGGUUGUGGAAUAACACUCUGGAGCAAACCCCCAAAAUGACUAAAGAGGAGAUUGAACUCAGUGUGUCUCUAUGUUCUCCUGGACCCCACACUCUGCUGCUGGUUAUAAGUAUAAAUAGUUCAUUCAAAGAGGAACAUAGGAGGUCAGUGCAGGAACACCUGGAGCUUCUGGGUAAGAGAGUUUGGAGUCAUACUAUAUUGCUGUUCACCUGUGGAGACUGGCUUGGAGACACACCCAUUGAGCAGCACAUUGAGAGUGAAGGAGAGAGUCUGCAGUGGCUGGUAGAGAAAUGUGGGAACAGAUACCAUGUCCUCAACAACGAGAGGAGAGAUCACCACAUGCAGGUCAAACAGCUGAUGGAGAAGAUAGAAGAGAUGGUGGCAGCAAACAGAGGAUGCUCUUGCCUGAGACUGGCAUCAAAAAAUUUCCUCCAAGCCACCAUAUAA